UGAAGCUCUCAUUAAAGCACAAUUACGUACUCGUAUCAAUUACAGAUAUAACAGAAAUUUUUAAUUAUUAUUAAAUUAUAAUGCGAAAGUGCUUGUAAAAUGAUUUGCUGAGCAGUUACAACGAAUCAGAAACUUAGAUCUUUUUACUCAUCAGUGAUUCAUCGAUGAUACUGUUAUUCACGACACACGUUUCCAUCCAAGUACAUCGUUACGCGAUUCCGUGUUCCAUUACCAGAAAAUAUUCAACCGGAAUGAUCCAUCUGAAUAUCCUCUCAUAACUUCGCGGAGCUACACCAGCAAUAUCAGACCUAUACUUCCACAUCGAUGGCAAGAUAACCUGCUCUCCCCAUAUCAGUGUUCUUCAACCUGGUUUUCCAUUGGAAAAUCGCCUAACAGUAUCGUUAAAAUCGAACCCCAAAAUGAAAGUUAAAAAUUCAUACAGAUCACUUGCGUUAAUUAAAAAAAUUUGAGUAUGAUAUAUUUUCAUUUCAAUUUUCAUGGUUCAUCAAGAAUCUGGAGCAAUUUUAUCAACCCCCUGAAUAAAAAUUGAAGAACACUGCCCUGUGGAACCCUCGUGUCGUGGAUAGACGUCGACGUCUGGGGGAUAUUAAAUUUAUUUCAGUGAUAUCGUUAGACAUUACAAAUGAUGUUUAGUCCUGUUGAAACCUUUCGAUCCGUAUACAGGAAGAUUCAAAAGAAGUGGAACAAAAUUGAUCAGACAGCUAUCACUAAUGAUUGGCAUCGCGAAUUGUAAUAGAAUUCUAACGAUCUAUCAAAGUUCUAUUUCUCUUUAUUUUACUUCGAGUAAGUAAUUGUUUUCUGAGUGGAGGAAAAAAUGAUGAAAAUUUAUUACACUUAUUUUAAAUCACUCUGUACAGAGGUCUAAUGGGAGCUGUAUUUUCAAGAGAUGAAAGCUUCAACGCGCGUCUAAUCGGCUUCAUUAUGCGUGCAGUAAAGAGUGCAUGCUUAAUGCUGAUUAAUUAUUCGUCGGCAGUUCGUUUAAACGAGCAACCGCAUUGCUAUAUCGCUGCUCCUCGAUUUCGUCCUUUCUUUUUUAGAUCUCGAGGUGGUCUGCUUCUUAAAAAUUAAACGCAUUUAACAUGACAACUGACAAUGAUUAUUUAGAAAUCGAUCGAACAUUCGAUUGCCGCGUCGAGAAUUGUUAAACGAUAGCCGAGACAAAUGGGACACGAGGUGAAAAGAAGGCGGCCGAAGAGGGUGAGUUUAAACUCGGCGAUUUUAAUUAAUGUCGCUCGCUCAUCGACGAUCCGCUUUACAACGGCACCCCUUUAUCGCGACACGAGAUCUUUCAAUCGCGUGGAAACUUUCCACGUUAAUUAUUUCACCGUCGAAGAUUCCUGCGAGGUGAGUACGACGCCGGUUCGAGCGGGAAAAGGAGCGAGAACCGAGGACUUUUCGAGUUUUCUGCUAGGAUCGCAAGAAAAUUCGAAAUUGAACGGGGCUGAGAAAAAGUUUCUUUGUUUCGCGGUGGAAAUUUUCAGAAAAGUUCCGCCAGUUAACCGAAGACGCAUCGUUCCGCUCCCUAACCGGAAGGAGCAGCGAAUAAAUUCCAAGCUCAUGUUCCGUUUUAAUUGCACCGCCGUUUCCGUUUCUCUCUUUUCUUCAGGAGACGAACAGGGCACCGAGGAAAUUCUGGAAAACACGUACCGCGGACCUAUCAAAUAUUUUACGCUAAUUGUAGCGAACUUUGGGCUCGUUACGUUUAGGCUCUACCUCGUAGAGGAAAAUUUCACCGUUUAACAAUCUCCAUUAUCUGAUCAAUUUUUUUCAUAAAUAUUGGUCGACGUUUUACGAAAGGUUUUCACGAUCACCGUGUCGUGAGAUACGUUAUUACUUUUGCACUUAACGCCUCACGUGCAGCUGCGACCACGAACACCUAACUUAUUGCUUCUAAUACACACCUCCAUAAUGAUUUUAAUUAAACUCAUGGAUGUAAUUGUCCGUUCAACCAGUUUCCCUUUGCCGUUCGCGGUUAAUCUAGUCAAAUUAUUAUUAAACAUUAUUAUCAAAUUAUUUUUACCGAAACGCUACCGGUAUCCCAAAUGAUAGCUCCACUAGCCACAAUGUGACACACGGACCGGAUGUGCUCAAACGAUUCACGCUCUUGUCAAUUUAAAAAUGGUCAUUUGUUUUCCAUUGGUCGUCCGUUGUAACGCGGACUCUGUUCGUUCGUGCGUGAUGUUAACAGAGAAGAGAAUUCGGUUUUUCACCCCCCGUACCUACAGAGAUUAUUCUCGUGGAGGGUUUCUGUGCAGCGUCGACAUGCACUUACCCUCGGAUAGACAGACAGGGUUCCUAAAGGGUGAUCCCAUGACAGUAAUCCGAUACUUGACCGAUACAGGUCGUUGCGUGGGAUAUGAAACACGUGUUUCCGUGGGCGACCGGCCCCGCCACUUUUGGAAUAUUUAUCAAUAUGUAGCCGAAAGCGACGCCGCUAUGUUUCCAUAAAAAUACCUAUUAAAUAUCCUGCUCGUUCCGUUCUCGAACAUGUACCAUGAAUUUUUCAAUUUAACGCACAAUUGCUCGCGCAAAACGCCAUUCCAACUAACUGGAUAUACUUUUUGUUUUUGUUUCAUCGCUUACAAUUAGCCGAACGAAUAUCGUUUCAUUUUUAUGGAGUAUGAAUUUGUUGUAACAAUAAUUGGCGGAUAAAUCGAACCAUUUCUAUCGUUGAAGAGGGUUGAAAAUAUUCAAAUCACGAUUGGUGAAAAAUAAUAGGGUAUUAUUUCGGCAGAGUGGGACUUCAUUUAUUAUUAUUAUUGCAAUCAUUGAACGACUAAUUAUUAAUUAAUUAAUUAAAUAUUGAGAUAUCGAAUGAAAAUAAAUGUAUUUUUAACUAUUCCUAAUCAGAUUUUUGCUUGUGCCCCACUCUGCCGAAAUAAUACCAAUAAUAGAAUGUUUUAUAAUACUUUUGUGUCGUCAAAUAACGUCGGACUUGAUAUCUUUCAAAAUGAGCCAAUUUUAUAAUUCUUACCAGUUAUUUUAAUUUUUACACAGUUGAUGUUAAAAAGAAUAAUUGUUGAUUUUUCAGAAUUAUAACACGUUUCUUGAACAUGGAGAUUGCGAAAGGAAAGCGUUAUGUAGAGCGUGGCACAAGUGUUUUUCGACGGUGGAGGAUUCUUUAGGGUUCGCUGUCGAGCAAACCACGGAAGCUCGGUCAGUGUCUCGGCCACCCUCGUGGCGUGCAGGUUUGCGAGGGAGGAGACUCUGCUUGUACCCGGCAUCCCCUCUAGAUAUAUACAUACGUAUCCCCCUCCUCCUCUAUCCCUCUCUCGACUUAAUGCCAGUACGAGCGCGCGCUUUCCAACGACGCGUCGUGUCGGCCGCGAGGGACGAUCAGUCUGUUCUCCACGUUCUCCACGCAAGGACGAUCGACGCCGGCAAUACAGUCCCUCUAAUCUGUAACACGAACUUUGACCGCGCUCCCGCUGCCUUCCUCGCGAUCUUCUUAUCACCAGCUCGAUGACGUACGCGCGAUCUUCGUCAAGUUCCUCGAUCGACGUCCGAGCGAACUUCAGUAACGAUUACGUAUCCCCCGCGUUCGUACGCACGAUUAUUCCUCCGUUUCUUCUCGAUCCCCGCGUAUAAAUAUUCGUUCAAAUUUCAUCUUACUUUUCUAUAGAAACAUCGUGUUCAUUAUUCAUUUAUUCAUUUUCCCGCCUUCGUCCAUUUUGUCGCGGAUGAAAUCUGUUUCUUUGUCCGGGCGAGAAUAAAACGCGCGUCUCUUUCAUCGUUUUCUUAUUAAUUUGUCUGUUAUAAAAAAUCUGGAGAUGUGAUCGGUGAUUAUCGUUUCGAGAAAUAAUUACAACUUUUCCCAGUCGAGUGGUGAAGUUCGAGUCGGUGAACGACAGGGUGAAAGAGAAAACAGUGGCAAAUGAAUCGGUGUAAACGGUAGUACGAUUGGUCUUUGAUGGCCUAGGGUGCCGAUAGAAGAGACACCCCGCUCGUUGUCGUUUUCGACCGAUCGACGGUAUCGAGAUGAGACUGCUGUUCUUGGUUUCGAUCUUCUGGCUGGCGUGCCGAUGCGCCGAUUCCCGGGCGGUCCACGCUCAUUCAACGGAGAACGAGUAUCGAAGGCACAGGCGUAGAUUUACCGUCGACCAACUGCUCAACACAAAGUUCCCUCAUGGAAUCAGCGGCGAUCUGGAUGUAGACGUUUGUAAAGCUGGUGGUUUCCUCGGCGACAUAGCUUUGCCGAACAUCAAAUACGAAACAGAAUGGCGACAGCAGAAGCUGAACAAAAGUUAUCUCGAAGAAUUGGAGAAGUAUCGAGACGAGGUACUGAAAGAGGGUCUCCAGGUUGAAGAAGAGGGUCUUACAGAGAUCCUUCAAUUUAAAAAUGAGCACGACGCUAACGAGCCGCAUCAGGAGAACGAGGAGAUCGUGGCUUCUCAAGAGAAAUCCGAACCAAUUAUGGUGGACCGGAAUCAAUACAGCAUGGACGGCGAGCUCGAGGGUGGAUUCAGUUUUAAAGCGAGGAACGACGAUGCCAGGCCUGGUGUCAGGGACGAAGGAGUCGAAUUCAGACUGGAAUCGACGACUCCUGCAACGAAAAAGAGGCACUCUUCUCGAAAACAGAACCACGAUGUUUCGCAGACAGCAUCGAACGUGAACGCGACGAAAUCGAAACAGUCGUUUUUGAGAACAUCUCACGAACUCGAUAACUUUUCCACGAGCACGGAUAGCACCAAUCAAAUGAAAGACGCGAAUAUGAAGAAUAUCGAGGAAGUAUUCACUGUUCAACCGGAAAACAGCACGCAAAACGUAUCGAAGAGACGACAUCGACGUCAUCAUCGUAGAAGAACGAGCAAACGUAGACAUCGUCGUCGGAAGAUACCAUUGGUCAGACGCGAUUUCGACGACUCGUCCGACGAAGUUGUUUCGUUGCACGAUCGGCAAUUGCGCUCGAUCGAAUUCUACGACAUGGAACAUAAGCCGAAGUAUCUGGCGAACAAACGCGGCACAACGAGACACGGAUUCUCGAGCAGAAGACGAAGAGCCGCGACAGCCCGGAAGGAACGCGUAUGGGACGACGGGGUGAUCCCGUACGAGAUCGAUGGGAAUUUUUCCGGGGCGCACAAAGCCCUCUUCAAGCAGGCCAUGAGACACUGGGAGAACUUUACUUGCGUUAAAUUUGUCGAGCGAGUACCCACGGAGCAUCCUAAUUAUAUACUCUUCACGGAGAGACCGUGCGGAUGCUGCUCGUUCGUCGGGAAACGAGGGAACGGUGCUCAAGCCAUAAGCAUCGGGAAGAACUGCGACAAAUUUGGAAUAGUCGUUCACGAGCUGGGACACGUGGUCGGUUUUUGGCACGAGCACACCAGACCCGAUCGUGAUCGUCAUGUACAGAUCAUUCGCGACAAUAUCAUGUCUGGUCAGGAGUACAACUUCAACAAAUUGACCGAGGAGGAAGUGAAUUCGCUCGGAUUGCCCUACGACUAUGAUUCGAUCAUGCACUACGCGAAGAACACGUUCUCAAGAGGCACCUAUCUAGACACCAUCCUUCCGAUGGAGAGUCACGGGAAGAAACGUCCUGAGAUUGGUCAAAGGCUUCGUCUGAGCGAGGGUGAUAUCGCUCAAACCAACCUUCUCUACAAAUGUUACAAAUGCGGCAGAACGUUUCAAGAAAACAGCGGAAGCUUCGGGUCUCCGAUUCAUCCGAACGGAUCGCCCUCGACAGAAGGUGAACGUUGCGAAUGGAGGAUCACAGCGACCCACGGAGAACGAAUAGUCCUGAACAUAACAUCGUUGAACAUACUUAAAAGCAAUCUUUGUCGUAGCGAUUACUUGGAGAUUAGAGACGGAUACUGGCACAAGAGUAAAGUGUUAGGUCGUUACUGUGGCAAUGGUAAGAUCCAGGAUCCGAUCGUGUCUACCGGAAGUCGAAUGCUUGUUACAUACGUGACAUCCGGUCAUCAGACCAGCGGGCAGCGCGGCUUUACUUCGUCCUACGAGGCCGUUUGCGGUGGUGAAAUCGAGCUCGACGACACUGGUCACCUCGAGUCACCCAACUAUCCAGAUGGUUACCAAUCGAGCAAGGAGUGUGUGUGGAAGUUGUCGGUGCCACAGAAUUUCCAAGUGGCGUUAAAGUUUCAGUCCUUCGAGAUCGAGAACCACGACAACUGCGUUUACGACUACGUCGAGGUACGCGAUGGUCACAACGCGGACUCUCCGUUGAUCGGGGUUUACUGUGGCUACAAAAUACCACCGGACAUUAAGUCCACUGGUAACAAACUUCUGGUGAAGUUUGUCAGCGACGGAUCUGUACAGAAGGCUGGAUUUUCGGCCACCUUCAUGAAAGAGUUUGAUGAAUGCGUUCUGAUCGAACAUGGCUGCGAACACAAUUGUAUCAACACUCUGGGUGGAUUCGAAUGUUCUUGCAAUCCUGGUUACGAAUUGCAUUCGGAUGGAAAACACUGUGAAGAUGCCUGUGGUGGAACGUUCGUCGAUAGCAACGGAACCAUCACCAGCCCAUCGUUUCCGGUAACUUAUCCAGGAAACAAGGAUUGCGUGUGGGAGAUCAUAGCUCCGCCUCAGUAUCGUAUCAUGUUGAAUUUCACUCAUUUCGAUUUGGAAGGCAACAAUGCUCGUCAACAAGAAUGCGAGUACGAUUCUGUAGAAGUGAGCAGCAAGCUUGGAGAUGAUAUUUUGAGGAAACACGGGAUCUUCUGCGGCUCGAGAGUGCCGUCGUUAAUUACAUCCGAGGGAAACUUCAUGAAGAUAACUUUCACAUCCGACAAUAGUAUUCAAAAAACAGGAUUCGCUGCUGUCUUCUUAACAGACAUGGACGAGUGUGCUAACAACAAUGGUGGUUGUCAACACGAAUGCAGAAACACGAUAGGAUCGUAUCAAUGUUCGUGUCACAAUGGCUUUACGCUUCACGAAAAUGGCCACGAUUGCAGGGAAGGUGGUUGCAAGUAUGAAAUCGUUGCACCCAUGGGUACCAUAACGUCGCCAAACUAUCCAGACUAUUAUCCUGGUCUCAAGGAUUGUGUUUGGCAUUUUGUUACCAAGCCAGGACAUCGUAUCAAGCUGGUCUUCAAAGUCUUCGAAAUGGAAUCCCAUCAAGAAUGCAAUUACGAUCACAUUGCAAUUUAUGACGGCGAUUCGCCGGAUAGUCACGUUCUCGGUAAAUUCUGCGGUACCAAAGAACCUCAUCCAAUCUUAGCGACCGGAAAUCAAAUGUACAUGGUAUUUAAAAGCGAUGCAUCCAUUCAGAGGAAAGGGUUCCUCGCCACUCACAGCACUGCUUGCGGUGGACAUCUCGUUGCAACGAGCGAGGUGAAGCAUUUGUAUUCUCAUGCCAAGUACGGUACUCAUAAUUACGACCAUAGAACGGACUGUGAUUGGGCCAUUGAAGCACCGCCUGGCAAAAAUGUCCAUUUAACUUUCGUCACGUUCCAACUCGAAUCGGAAAGCGAGUGCAAUUACGAUUUCGUCGAGGUUUAUUCCGGUUUGGACACAUCUGGUCUUCUUUAUGGACGAUAUUGUGGAAAUAGCAACACCACCGACUUUAUCUCCAUUAACGAAGCGUUGUUAGUGCGAUUCAGGACGGACGACACGAUAUCGAACAAAGGUUUCAUGGCGUUUUUCGUGGCGGUCGAUCGACAGGACAGCGGUGAGAACUACGGUGGUUCAGAAGACGAAGACGCGGACGUGUCAGGCCUUGCGAAUCGAUUGGGCUCCGAGUUCCAUAUCGGUGCAGCCUUGCAAAGCAGCGAUCGAAGUGAAAACGAGUAAAAUCAAAUAUGAUCGCUCCGAGUGGAACGCGUGUGCCGUUUCAACGACUCGUAGCCCAGACACGUGUAUGUGGAUCUUUCUCGAUCGUCGAGGCCGUGAACCAUUGUUCUUCUAUUCUCUAAGUACAUUCGAACGAAUCGACAAUGUUUGUCAGAGGACAAGGAUAAUUUAUUCCAUCAGUGAAUUAACAGCGCUAAUCGUUUCGAUUUAGCUUGUACGAUUCCGAAGUUCGGCCUAUAUCAGGCCAAUUGUGCCAUUCUAUGUUUAGAUAGAUCGCAUUAUAAUAUAUUACCAUUCAUAAAUUCCAUGCCCAGCGAGAAAGAAAAGGCAAAAACGAUUACACGACCUACCGGUUGCCAAAAUAAUAUUCUAUGUUUAAUCGAUCAGUAGGAAAAAUCAGGAAGGCGCAAAAGAAGUUAACGAGAAACGACGAUACACCUUGUUUGGUUCAAAAGCAUUUCUUAUUUUUUCUCUUCUGACAAAAGUGCUAAAGUUUCAGCGAAACGUUUUCGUGUAAAUGGCUCUAAAUAUCGACAAGAAAACAACGGCAAACGUAAACGAGAGUAUUCGAAAGGUAGCCGAGACACGUUGCCAGACCUUUUCGCUCAGAUAUGUUCGAUGGAAAUGUUCCAAGCGACAGUUCGUGCAAAAUACUCGAAUAAUCUAGAUAUAAAUUUAGGUAUAGAGCUGUUCGAUAUCGAAGUCAGCGAUUUAGAAAUUUAAAGGAGAACCUUGGAUCGAAACAUCCUCGAGGUUUCUCCUCUCGAACACGUUUAUUGUACAUAGAGAAACAAAGAUUUAGAUGUAGACGUCGUGCCGUUUUAUAUAAUAUAGUCAUAGGAUCCAUGAUCGAUCAGGUGUCUUGCUAUCGAGUGGAUUUUACAGAUUUACGAUUUCUCAACCCUGUACUUUCGUUUCUGUUUCUAAAGAUAUUACAGGAAUACUACAGAGUAAUUUGUUGCAGAGUAAACUUGUUUCGAUCGGCUGAUCUAGCGAAUUGUAUUAGAUUAAAGAUCACCGAUAUUCUAAUGUAUACUUGGAGAAAGUACAGCUAAAGUAACUAGAAGCGUCUCAAUGAUUUCGUCGUAGCUUAACGAAAAUACGAAUCAAAUGUUACAAAUUUAAUCAAUCAUAUCUUGGAGGUAAACGAUACAAAUCUAACUAUAUCAGUGAAGAAGUUUCAUUCGAACAAACAAGUUUCGAAAUUAUCAAAAUCUUUCAUCAUUUUUCUACGUAACACACUGCCUUGUGUACAUGAUUUUCGUGACGGUACACCAAAGUUACUUCGAAAGGAACCUUACUCUCGUUUGUUACAUUGUAACGCGACUAUAUGGCCUAUAUCGAUCGAACACAUUUAAUAUUCGAAACAUGAGUAAAAAAGGAAAUGAGUUACGCGUAUAAUGUUGAUCCUUCGAAAAUUCGUACGCCUAAGAUACACGUAUAGAUGAUAAUAAUAACAAUGAUAAUAUCUUAUCUAUUGUCUGACGGUAAGAAACAAUAUUAAGCGCCGCGUCAAGUUCCUUUUUGUAAAUUAUAUGUGAUUUAUUUGUUCUCAGAAAUACACGUUAUAGGCACUCUAUAUAUAUUACUGAGCAACUAUAUACAACUAA